AUGGCUCCCCUUAGGAAGUUGACGAGUGCCAGGGCCCCCCUUAAGGGGCUCCGGACGUGUUCUGCAUAUCCCUUAGGAUGGCUUGGUCGUCGCCCCGCGUCUCCCGAAGGACGCUGCUUAUGGGCAACUGAAACGGAUAGGAACCAGGAUAAUUCCCGCAUGAGGCAUGGAGACCUCCUUUUAAGAAAUUCCUGGCGCACCCUGCGUCUCCCUAAGGACGCUUUUUUAGUGGGCUGCGUCUCUAAACGGACACUUUUAGUCGUCGCCCUGCUUCUCCCUCAGGACGCUCCUUAUGGGCAAUUGUAUGACUAUCCUGCCUCCCUUAGGAAACGGAUAGGAACCUGGAUACCUCCCUUAGGAAAUUCCUGGCGCACCCUGCGUCUCCCUUAG